AUGAGCCGAAAUUUAUUCCAGAGAUUUCUUGCCACGAUUAGUCUGGUUUUACUCCACGGUCAAAUCAUCGGACUUGUCACUUUUGCUUCAAAUGGAAAGAAACUCUACUCUUCUAUGUGGAGGAAGAUAUACAUUAUUUCUGUACUUUGUAUAUACUUAGCUUUUGCCACUUUUUGUAUAUAUACAAUUCCUGGAGUUACUGAUGUACCUAGUGUUUAUAAAUACUCAAGCUACAUAAUACAAGUGGCUAAUGCACUCUAUGCCGUCACCGUUUGCUUCUCCAGCAUAAUCACAACCAAAAAAUACAUCAAGCUUCUACAAAAAAUUAUAGAUUUUGAUGUGCAACUUCAAACCACUUGUGUUAUCAUCGAUAAUAACAGAACCAAGAAACGCACAAUUUUUCAUCUCCUGGGACGCUACAUUGUGAUUGUUUUGCUCAACGUCUACUACCAUUGGAGCAUAGAGAGGUCCGAAUUUAGCGAAAAGAUGGGUGAAGUGUCAGCGUUUUUUCUUACGAUUUUCAGCUCAGCUGUGUGUUAUCAAGCAAUAGAACUAGUUUGGGUGUUACAAACUCGGUUUAUCAUUCUGAACAAGCAAAUUAACACUUUGGUGGCGUCUUCAGCUAUGCCUAUAGCAACAACUGAUACGAAGCAACCUCGGAAAAUUUUUACCACUCUGUGCAAAAUCUGUACCUUGCACCACCAUCUGUCCAAAUGCGUCAAGCUAUUCAACGAGGUUUUUGGCGUCGUUUUGCUAAACAUGUUUGCUGUUAGCUUUGUCGUGAUAGUUCAUUGCUUAUUUUACACUAGUAUUGCUUUACAAAGGAGUAUUGUGAAUUGGGCUGAGGUGAUUUAUACAGCUACUUCUAGUUUAAAUUUUAUUGUGGAUUCGAUUUUCGUGUGUCAUGUUUGUUAUACAACGAUAGAGGCGGUAAAUAAAACCGGGGAACUUAUUCAUCGGAUUGAAACUGAAGAUAACGAUACCAUUGCGGAAAUCGAGAUGUUUUCUCUGCAAAUAGCGAACGAAGAGUUGGAAUUUAGUGGUGCCGUUUUGAGCCGUGACAAUUUUACGAAAGUCUAUGAUUUAAUUUUCUCUUUGAUCCGGUUCGAUGCCGCUCCUGAAUAA